AUGCUCGGCUGCACGGAAGAUUGCACAACCUUCUUGGAAUCGACUCUAUCUUCAGCUCAAUACUACUCGCCCAAAACCCCAACCGAUCCCUACAUGACAGCACCAACCUCACCAUCCGCGAAGAACCCACUGAAUCUGGAAGCCCGUCAUGAAAAUUCCAUCGGCAGAGAUGAAGAAAUACGUGUGCCUCCUUCGCCAUUGAAUACUACUGAAGAUCAUCAUAUCGUGCAUUUACUCGUGGUCAUCGACGAAUUUCCGCACAGUACUCAACCAGAGAGCACCAGAAGCGGGGAACCUGCACCGCUCACCGUUUCUGAUGAUGUCAAUCCACAAAUCAUGAAUCCCCGACGCUUUUUCUUUGCCUAUGUGCGUGGGCAGACACUGCCACCUGAUUGUUCUCUCGUCAAAUCCCAAGAUAUCAUUGCACUGGCAACAGACUGGGGUACGAAAGACGACGAGGCGGUGGUAACACCGGAAGUCCUGUAUCAACUCGUCGCUGCGAAUCAUAGACUGAAUUGUCGCGGAAUAUGCGUCGCAUUACUGGACAGCUCGAAGACCAUGUAUUCCGCCAUGUUGUACUCGCCACGCCGUUUGGAUGAUGCCAGCAUGAUAUCCAGAGGCCUUGAUGGUAGUAGACUUCUGAGUCGCACCUCCAAUGAGAUCAGCCUUUGGGAUCCCAUUUUUCUCGAACCGCAGCUGCUGGACCGUACCAAGGACGGCGAGAAUAUCGUGCAUUUACUGAUUGAUCUGCCACCUCCAGCCGUUCAACCUCUCAAGAGGCCUGCGGAGCAUCAAUACCAAAGCACUACGUCCGUUGGAGAGCGAACAGCAAAGCGACGUCGUUCGAAGUCGGUCGAGGGUGUGGAAGAUGGUAUGGCGGGUGAAAGAUGCUCGAGCGUGCAGGCACAUCACAAGGAAUUUAUGGCAAAGGGCGACGCUAGCCUGUUGGACACUGUUUUCAACGACCUGACUUCAGCAGCACAAGAUCUUCGAGCGGCCGCUUUCAAUGAGUUUGAUGGUUCAACAAGAGCCUAUAUCGACCAUCCUGCUUGUGCAGAAGUCGCGUCGUACGUCGUCAGCGCGAUUACUGUGGUAUCCGACCCUUCGAUUGGAGAUGAAACCGCAUGGAACGCCGAUUUCGGAUACUCUAACACAAAGCGACCUGAAACGAUGUUCACACUAUUGCUCGAUAUCGAUGAGGUUGGACGUUUGGGAAGUGGCUACCCACUCAAUGUUAUGGCUUCAUUUUGGCUCGCAUACAAGCUCCAAACGGGGGAACAGUAUGAGAUAACCGCAAAUAUGGCAGCUGAAUUUCUCGAUUCGAUCCUUACGACCAUGGACAAGAACGGACAUACCUUAUUUUUUGCUGUCAUCCUGCACCCUGCAGCUUUUCAGGGGAGAGCCCAUGUUUUCGAGCUAGGGGAGCGACGCUAUCAUGACCUAGCCCAGGUAUUGGAAAGGCACCAAAAACAUGUCGUUUUGAGCGUGGCGCCGUUUCCCGCCGCAAAUUUUCUCGCUUACGAGGGUGUAUUCGCUCAUCGACCAACUAACCUCCUCUACCACCCCAAGAUUAUGCGACACUGGGGCUUCGACCAAAAUCAGGUCAACAUUCUCCUAAAGGAAUACGCUCAAGGUGCAACAGCGGAAAUUCAAAGAAAGGCGAGGGAAACCCUGGAACAGCGAUGCCGCGUCACGUACGGCGUGGAUGAUACGACAAGUACGCGGACAAGACCAUCCUUUUAUCCCUAUGGACGAGUGAUAGAGGUACUGCAAGCUUUGGAAACUGGCUUGGAGCCUACAAUCCAGCAAACCCUUGCCGAUCUCAAAUGCUUCCCCACUAUUAACAAGUGGCAAUGGGACAGUGUCUCCGUGAUUGCUCAUGCUGCAGAGCGCGACGAUCGCGCCUUACUCGCCACCUUGCUGUACCAUAACAACGAGGUUUUGCCAAACAACAAAUUUACCUCCCUGCCGUUCCUCGCGUUUGAUGCUAACGCUGGUCAAAUCGUCAAAAGUUGUCUCUUUUUCCUGCCCUCUGACCCAGUUCCAAUUAUCCCGCCCCUCCUGCUUUUCCGAUUCAUGAGAGCGAUGGGCAUUAUUGAUCUCUUCUUCUCGGAGAGCAGUCGGAAAGUAGUCAUACGGUUUGUGAAUACACAUAUGCAGCAAGAAGCUAGGAACUCGGUGGUAUUCAAGUAUGAUCGGGAUGGCUACAUGCAUUCCAUUCACGACAUCGAAAAUGGAGCCAAACAGGGGGUGACGGUUGCCUCAUGGGUCAAGGCAUGCCUUCAAAGGCACUUGGCAACACUCGACAUAACGGAAAUCGUCGAGUUCUACGAGCGGUCUAUUCAACAGACAGUGAUGAAAGACAUUGUCGGAUAUGAUCCCAAAGUCGCGCCACCUGGCUUUGUGGCUCCGAUCCAAGAAGUCAGGUUCUGGUACUCCUCGGACCCGCCUGAACACGUUGAGCCGUGGCGCAUAGACGGGCUCUCAUUUCCGGACACGCGCUUCAUUAGCUUCUCUCACGAGCGGGCCUCAUACACACUCCAUCUGUUCGAGUUCAAGAUCGCUCGCCUUCGACAGCUAUACGAAGGUACCUACGGGAUCGAAGUAUUCAAAGGAAAGAAAGACACCGAGAUCAACCAGAUACUCAAGGAAUUCGAUACUUUCCUCCUCAAUAACGAGACCCAUAUUGUCAAGUGGGUCAACGAUACGCUGCAAUAUGCCAGAUCACUAGCUGGGAAGAGGCUGAGGGACAAAAUCAAGGAGAUGGAUCAUACGGAAUGGGACGGAAAGAGCAACGUCAAACCAGGCCAACAGCUGAAAUUCAGCGAUCUCCACAUUCACUAUCGUGUCGAAGAAAAAUCCAACGCACGCUUCCGCAGGUCAGUUGAAAGCCUCAUUUACAGGCUUGCGGAGCAAUGCUGGGAGUACCCAAGAGCCAUGUCUAAAGGGACGAACGGGAGCAAAGAUCGACUGGAACGCAGAGACGUAGAAACAGGCCAAAAAGGUCAUGAAAUACGUGCAAUUGCUGUAUUUUCGCUCGGAAGUGUCGUUAUUACACGCGGAUUCAACCCAGUUCAGACAGAAUACACAUUCCAUUCUGUAGCACCAGUAUUUCCCGAAUAA